AUAAAAAAAAAUUUUCUUUAGUAUGUAAUUACAAUUCAACAAAAUAUUUGGCCUAACACCGAAAAAUUUGCAAUAGACAUUUAGUUCAAUUUUUUUAUUAAAAGCUACAAUAUAAGUUAAAAAUGGAUACGAGUUCAAAAGGUCUAAUACUAAGGAUUGGAAUCGGAAAGGGAGCUGAAACAGAUGAUGCACCAUCGCAGCCGCAAGAACCACCAAAAUUUGAUAAGCUUGCUUACGAAGAGAUAGUCAAAUAUUACGGCGAGCUGAGACCAGAAAUACAGAAGACACCAUGUAAGCUUUCUCGUCUGUGUGAAGAACUUGAGAUGGAACUUUACUACAAGAAUGAGAUAGAAAAUUUUACUGGCAGCUUCAUGGAGCGCGCGGCCCGGGGCUCGCUGAUGAGCCUGUCGGAGGAGGAACGCGCGCGCGGGGUCGUCGCAGCGUCGUGGGGCAACUUCGGCGCCGGGCUGAGCUACCACGGCAAGCUACUGGGCACGCGCGUCAAGCUGUUCAUGCCCGAGACCACGUCCGCCUGCAAGGUGGACGCGUGCCGCGCGCACGGAGCCGAGGUGGAACUGCGUCCGGGCCUGCUCGCCGAGUGCGUCAAGCUCGCGAGGCGCGACGCCGAGCUGACGGGCGCCGUCUUCGCCCCCGGGUGCGACAGCAUCCCCUCCAUAGCGUCGUCGGGCACCAUCGGCAUGGAGAUCCUCGAGGACGUGCCCGCCGUGGAUGCCGUGCUGGUGCAGGUGGGCGGCGCCGGACUGCUGGCCGGCGUGGCCACCGCCAUCAAGCACGUGCGGCCCGACACGCAGAUCAUAGCCGUGGAGUCGGACGCGCAGCCCACCUUCUACGAGUCCAUGCGCAAGGGCGCGCCAGUAAGGGUCCCGGGCCGGCCCACGCUGGCCAGCGGGCUGGCGGUCGCCAGGAUCGGGCCCACCAGCUUCUACAACGCCAGGCGCUUCGUCGACAAGACGGUGAAGGUGUGCGAGGACAUGAUCGCGGACGCCAUGCGCACGUUGCUCAUGAGGGAGAAGAUGGUGGUGGAGGGUGCCGGGGCUGCCACGAUGGCGGCGCUCAUGCACUGCGGCCUGGCGGAGCUCAAGAAAAAGAAGGUGGUCAUCAUACUCACCGGCGGCAACGUGGACUUCUGCCAGCUGUGCCACGCGCUCGGGUGCGCCGGGGAGGACGUCCCGGCGGCGGCGGCGGCGGCGGCGGCGGGGGCGGCUCCGGGAGACGGCGACGACCACGGGGACGAAGAGGACGAGGACCAAGAGGGCUAGUCCCCCCCCCCCUUCCCACACCAUCCACCGCCUCCCCGGACGCCGCGGAAAAAACGAGCCGCGACGGAGACCAACCAGUCAAGGUUUCCAUCCAAUCAAAGCUCAAAAUCGCUUUUGGGGAAGUUUAGAAGAGUGGUGGCAAUGGAAAAGCCUAGGCAAAGACCGAAAUCCGCAAGCUAAAAGCCACAUAAAAAUCAAUUUGAAACAGUUAAAUUAAAAAUUAAAGGAAAGCUCCCAAUUGAAAA